AUGACGAAGGAUAGAUCUAAAAGCGUUCCAAGAGGAAGGAAAUUGCUUUCCUACAUUAGAUCAAAUUUGCUGAGUUCAAGUGCGCUCAUCCGGGGACCUUUUGGUGACAGAAGAGUUGUAUACUGUGAUUUUACGGCAUCGGGAUUAAGCCUUAAAUUUUUUGAAGAAUUUAUAACAAAUGAAGUUCUUCCAGAAUAUGCAAAUGUUCACUCGUUUCUAGCAGGAAUGUCCUGCCAAACUACAAGCUUUAGGAAUGAUGCAAAAGCUAUUAUUAAAGACGCAGUUAAUGCAACAGACUCAGACGCUCUAAUAUUUGUUGGCAGUGGGACUACAGGUGCCAUACACAAACUGAUUCACAAUAUAAACUUGUCUGAGCCGCCGAUUGUAUUUGUAGGCCCUUUUGAGCAUCAUUCAAAUUUACUCCCUUGGAGACACCUUGCACAGAAAGUUAUUAGGCUUAAAACAAACACUGAUGGAGGAGUCUCCAUGACUUACCUGGAAGAGGCCCUUAAGGCUGAAAGCAAAACGGCAAAAAAACUUGGCUGUCGAAUGCUUGUGUGCCUUUCUGCAGCUUCAAAUGUUACUGGCAUAUUGGUGGAUACAAAUGCAGCAUCUUCACUUGUUCACCGCUAUGGUGGGAUUAUAUUUUGGGAUUAUGCUACAGCUGCGCCUUAUGUAGAAAUGAAUAUGAAUCCUGCCCCAAAAAAUGGUGCUGAAAAUGCAUAUAAAGACGCCAUUUUUUUUUCUGUACAUAAAUUUGUUGGUGGGCCUCAGACACCAGGUAUAUUAGUUGCAAAAAAGAAAUUAUUUGAGGCCGGCGAACAAUUUCCAUUCCAAAGUGGGGGCGGAACAGUUAAUUUUGUUCGCCGAGAACACACCUCUUAUUUUAAGGAAGUGGAAGUGAGGGAAGAAGGUGGCACACCAGCGAUUAUUGAAUCAAUCCGAGCCGGAAUGGUGAUACAGCUCAAGGAAGCUAUUGGUUCUAAACUGAUUCAGAAGAGAGAGGAAGAACUCGUUCGUUUGGCAUGGACUAAAUUUUCGCAGUGUCCAAACCUCGUAAUACUUGGAGGCAGUAAGGCAAAGAGAAUUGCAAUUUUUUCAUUUCUUGUACGGCACACAAGAGAAGGUCUCGUGAAAGUUAACAGCUCAAAGCAGAGAAUGCACGGUCCAUCAGGCGAAGAAAUUAAGGACGACAACUGCCUUUUCAUUCAUCACGACUUUAUUUGCUCCUUGCUAAAUGAUCUAUUUGGAAUACAAUCACGUUCAGGAUGUGCUUGUGCCGGCCCUUAUGCGCUUGAUCUUUUGGGCAUAAAUGAGGAACUUGCAAUAAGUUACGAAGAUACACUUAUUUCAAAUCCGGGUUUUACGAGAAUUAAUCUACCAUUCUUCUACCCAGAUGAAGAAAUUGAUUUUAUUAUUGAGUCUAUUAUAUUCGUUGCUAAAUACUCCUGGACGUUUCUGCCAUUCUACGAGCUCAAUCAGAAGACUGGCCAGUGGCGCUACUGUAACGACAAGAGGAGUGACAUGGGAAAACAUCUCUCGAAUAUUACCUAUGAUCACGGUGUGAUGCGAUGGAAGAAACCCGCUCAAAAAUCUGCUGGACCGGUUCCGCUGACACUUAGGGAAUGUCUUUCAAUGGCUGCAUCAUUGCAGCAGUCAUUGGAAUCAGUUCUACGUCAGUCCACAUGUAGUGUGACCAAUGAGAAGAUAGAUCGCUAUUGGAUGCGAUCGAAGGCAAACUAUCUCCGGUGGUUCCUUCUGGCUAGUGAGGCAGCUGCUGAUGCGAGAGGGCUUCCACGGCCCGUCCCACAGUACCCCAACACGGGUAGUCCUUGGCAUCCAGGUUGCAUCGAGCGCUGCUUCUGUCCGGAUCUGGCCAAACGUGAUAACGAGUCACUCUCGCGUUUGUGCAAGUACACGAGCGCCAAAGUGGCUAGCGCUGUGACGAACGAAAAGUGUGUCUAUCCCAACAAUGCACACAAGGGCAACCACUUCGUGAACUCGUCCAGCUCCUCAGACAGCAGCAUGGAGUCGCAAUCAGGUACAGAUGUGAUUUGCGUCCGUCGGGAUGGGAAACAGAAACGAGGCUCUCCAAACCGCAAUAGUAGGGCCAGGGGACGUGCAUCGCGCAUCGGACGAUUGGGAGCUUGUGAGAGGUAUCCCAUCACCUUUCAGUUACCUCGGGGUCUUAUUAGACCCCACCGUACGCAGUCGUCUUCACCAGCCAGGUAUGUGCAUGGCGAGACCGGCUGGUACUCACCGCCCCCUCAACUUCUGAGAUCAACAAUUCAGGCGCUUCGUCUCUUCUCCAUGAUCCAUCCUGGCGACAGGAUUCUCGUACACCUUUCUGGUGGUAAAUCUUCUAUGGCGCUUUUGCACUGCUUGCAUGCCUACCAGGAAAUACUUCAACGAGAAAAUCCAGAUCCUGGAGGCAAAGGCGUCUUUGAUAUGGGAGCAGUCGUUGUUGCCCUAGCUUAUGAGAACUAUGAUUUACUCCCCUUGGUUAAUUAUCUCAAGGCACUAGGAGUGACACAUUACUAUGAAAAACAAGAUAUGAAUCACUACUGCUCACACUCACUGGAUCUCUGCUCGAGUUUAAAGCAGAAAGUUAUCUAUAACGUCGCCAGGAGAUACGGAUACACCGUUCUUGCUCUCGCUCAAAACCUCGAUGAAAUGGCAGCUAGCUUUCUGUCGUCUGUGUUUAACAAUGGAAGCAUUCAAACAAUGGAGGCAAAUGUUGAACUAAAAGAUCUCAAUCUACGCUUAAUACGUCCGCUCGCAUUUUGCCGAGAGAAGACUAUAGCAGAAUUUGUCAAAACCGCUGGACUACCAGUGAUGAAGACGGCUUGUCCUAUAUGUGAGCAGUCGAGGGUGGAGCAGGUGCGACUGAAGGAGAUUCUCGCUGCAGAGGAGAACAACAAUCCGCACCUCUUCAGCAGCAUCAUCAGUGCCAUCUCACCACUGCUACACUUGUCCUCACAAUCCGACAUUGUGCUUGAGUCUGACACUACCUCGCAGACAAAGGUCAUCACCUGGACCAAGCCUGAGAAUUGA